AUGUUGUCGUGCUGCUGUUCCAAUUCGACGUGUUCCUGGGAACCGAUAAGAUCCCGGAGUCGUAGUGGAACAACCAACGGAGACGUGAAUCAUUUGGUCGAAGAAGAGGACCAAAGCGAAAUUGUCGCGGACCUAACCAGGAUGGACAUUGCACUUUUGAGGGAACAGUACAACUUGACUAAAGAGAAACAAAAGCGACAGACCCUGGUGGUUUUAUUCAGACAAGGUAGAGACAUCGCUUUCGAGGAGUGCUGUGCGAGCUUGGCACGCACCCAACCAGGGGCGCGUUCAGCAGGACGCAAACAUGCCUGUCUGACAUGUAGAAUAAGGAAUCACAUCGGCUUUAUUCUAGGCAUUUCUAUUUGCAACGUUCGAUAACGUUUGGCAACUUAACAUGGCCCAGUUUUGUCUGAACAUUUUGUGUGACGCGUCUGCACUGGCAACAAGUUGUUAAAUUGUAGACAAUAUUGUGCGUCCUCAAGGUCAUUUGUUGCAACAAAGUAGCAAUAAUUGAUUUAUUAUGGAUUUAUAUCAUGUGAAUGUGAGUCCUUGAGGACAGCAUUAGUCUUGGCUACUUUUGUUUCUUCAUACAAAAGCUUUUCCUGCUAGCCUGCUUUGAGCAACAAAAUACAGUUAUACUGCAGUUAGGCUAUACUGGAAAUGUGGUCAUUUGAACACAAGUAAUAUUUUUGUUACAAUAAACAUGACUUCAUCAAUAAGUAAUUUUCCAUUGAGCUGGAAUGUUGAUUGCAGAUGACUGUGUGUAAACCUACCUGUACAUUUCCAUUCUAUUUCCUGACAGUAUCAACUGAUGAUGCAGCAGAAAUCAGUGGGCAAGCCCUGGUCAAUGUAGUCCCAGUCAACCAGGAGAUGAAGAGCAAACACGAGAGGAAGAGGUCGGUCUCAGAGGCUGAGAUUGACUUUGUUGGGGACCUGGAGAGAGCCCCAUGGCGCAAACACUUGGGUAUCCACCGACAGACCAACGUUAUUAUACCACCACAUCCAAACCCCACAAUCACAGGCAGUAAUUCUUCUAGUUUUACUUCGCUCUCUGAAGACUUUCCGGAGACUUCCAGUGAGAAGGUCUUUGGGGAUUCUAUUUCUAUCCAUACCGGUAUCAGCAGUUCAGGCUCCCGGAAGUUCUCAGCCCCAGCCGUUUUGUCCAGACAACUGAGUUUUGGGGGGCAGCGGCCGCCUCUUCUCUCCUCUAGCCCCCAUCACCACUACCCCUUCCCCCAAAGAAAAGGGCCCAAGAAGUCGGAAGCUGCUAGGAGACUUGGGAUGUACGCAUCAUUCUGA